AUGAAUCUUAGGUCGUGCUUGUACUUUGCUUUUAAAAUUAAAGAUGGAUUAUUCAUAGGCGAUAUAAACUCUCCAAAUGAAAGGGAUUUCUUAGUAUCAAAUAAGAUUACUUGUAUAGUGAAUUGUGCAGCAUCGCAAAUAAAACCUAUAAAUCUAAACCUUGGGAUCAAAUUUAUAAGUUUUGAUUGGUUAGAUAAUGAUGAUUAAAUUAUAAUAGAUGAUAACAAUGAAAAUAUGUCUUUAAUUUAUGAGUUCAUGAGCAGAGCAUACGAAAAUUGUGAAAGCGUUUUGGUUUGCAGUGUCAGAGGAUAAUCAAGAGCUUUAACAGUCAUAACAGCAUUCUUGAUGAAAAGAUAUUAAUGGAGUCUUUACAAAACUUUGGAAUAUAUGAACUCUAAAAGAGCUGACUUUGAAAUAAGGGCAACUUUUUUGAAGUAGCUUCUUACAUAUGAACAAAAAUUAUUUGGAUAGAAAGGAUGCUCUAGAAAUUGGAAAGAUGAUCAUUAGCACCCAGAUCAAGAAGCAUCCCUUGUUAGGAACACAUAUGUUAAUUCUUAGAUGAUUUCUUUAGAAAGUAGGGAUUUUUUUAUGAGAAGUUUAGCAUCAAGAGAAUAUAAUUCAGGACCAAGGACAACCAAGCUAAAAUGGUCAAUUUAACUAAAAAUGGAAAUACCUCAUCAUGAAGAUAUUUAAAGUCUGAAUAGAAAAUAAAAUAUUAAUUAGUAAAAUCAAAGCAAUAGCAAUAAUUAAAGUAUUAACAGUAGUUAAAAUAAUUCUGGAAGCAAUUAAAGCAUGAAAAAUAACAGCAAUUGCACAGCAAGCAACUCAAGUAACUAAAUGGAUUCAGUUGAAAUUCUUCCUAUAAAUUAAAAUGCAUUUUAAGUACCUAAAAAGUCUAUUCUAAAGGCUGUUUCUUCAUACGAUAAAAAAAAUAUUAACAACAAUAGUACAAGCAGUUAAGGAUAAAAUAGUAUAUCUAGUCUUUCUGAAGAUAGCUUAUAAAAUAAUUAAUCAAAUUAGUCUUAAAAAAAGAAAGAAGUUAAAAAAAUAUCAUUGUAAAAAAAUUAUGAUUUGAUUGAAGAGUAAAAUGAAGAAUAUGAAUAAUCAUCUAGUGAGGUUUUUUUAACAAAGUAGAAUCAAAAAAAUAGUUAGAUAUAAUAAUCUUCUCUUCCUUAAAAGCCAUUAAAUGAGUUAGAGAAGGAGCUUCUUGUAGAAUAACAAUAAAGUUCACGCUCAUACGAAACUAAUUCCUCUGGAGAAAGAGUAGAAUAAGGAAUUAAUAUAAUGCUUGAAAGUGAUGCAGUCAAAAAUUCAAAUGAUUUCGAGACAAAUAGGUUGAAUUCAAACUAGGAUGAAGAAGUUCCUCCCUUAAAAUAGCCAAUUAAAUAAAAAGAUAGAAAUGAAAUUAAAAUAUUUGAAUAAAACAGUGAUCGUUUUCCUAAAGCUCAAAUUAAUCCUCCUGCAGCUCCAACCUAUGCUUAAAAUUAAAAACCUGAUUUUUAGAUAUAAAAAGAGAAAAUGAAAAACAACUAUUUUAGAGAGGAAAAUACAUUAUAAGAUUAAAAUAAAAGCACUCCACCUUAACAACCUGAAAAUUCCUCUAUCAAAAUAUCAUCAUAAAAAAAUAACUAAAGAGAGGAAGUAAGAGUAAUUGCUGUAGAAGAAAGUGACAACAACUAAGAUGGAGUUUUAACAGAAUAAUAUAAACUUAAUUAUUAAAUUAAUGAAAGUAAUUUAGAUAAAAAAAAUAACAAUUUGAAUAGCAUAGUCAAUAAAAAUGGUAGUGGAGGCUACUAAAUUCUCAACGAUCAAUAAAUUAAAAAUAGUAUAAAUCUGUCUCAGUAUUAAAUUAAUAGCAGACAAACUUAGAGCUUAGUAAGUUAGCCUGGGUCAAAUAGCAGUAGUAGAUAAACAACACCUUCAAGAAAAUAUAGGAAAAGUCCUUUCCCAAUGGCAAUGCCACAAAGGAAAAUAAUUUAAUCCUAAACAGCGCCACAGUCAAGGGAUAAUUCAAGGAAAAAUUCAGUUGCUCAAAUUGAUCAAGGUUUAUAAAUACAACAACAAUAAGGAAAUGAAAAAAAGUAAAAUGGUGUAAAAUAAAUAGUUAGUAAAAGCCCUGACUCUUCUUAAGUCUAAGUUAAUAUUAAUCUAAACAUAAAUUCUGUAAAUAUCUUAAAUCAAACUACUAAUCCUAUCUACUAAAGAUAAAAAAGUCCUGCCGAUUCUGAAACUCAGAACAAUUGUAUUCUUUAACCUAAUUUUGGAAAAAUUUCUAGAAAAUCCUCUCGCCCUCCUUCUGAGACUAAAAAAAGACCUGUUACUGAAAAAGUUUAUACAGAGGGAAACUAGAUAAAAGAUUUAGAAUUAAUGAAACCUUAAAGCACAAAAUUAACUCGCCGUCUAUAAACAUAUACUAAUGGUGAUCCUUUGAAUUUUUUACCAAAUAUAACUUUUAUGAGACAAAGAACUCCUUUGAAAAAUAACAUCAAUUUGCCUAACACAUAAAACUUGGUUCCUAAGCCCCAUAAAAACUUAGAACUUUCUUUUUAAGAUAUCACUACUACUCCUAAUAAUUAAGCUUAUUUACAAUCAUUUACCAGCAAUAACCCUAACAGUCAAUAACUUUACACAAAUUACCUUAAUGAUGUCGAUAUUUCAUCAUAAUAAAACACCGUAAAAAGUAAUACUAGCAAAUUAAAAGGAUUUAAAAGAGAUAACACUCCAGUUACUAGAGUUAAGAUUCCAGUAGCAAGUCCAUACAAUAAUGAAAUACGUUCUAGUUCUAACUUUGAUUAAAGAAGAGUUUCAACAGAAAUUGGGCAAACAAGAGGUAGCUCAGAAAUUAGAAGCAAAAGAAGUGUUAGCAGAGGGAAGGAGAAAGAUUUAAAUAAUACAUUUUCUUACUUAAAUACACCAAUAAAUAACAGUGGUACCAAUACACCUAUCAGCACUGGUAUAAAUCCUUAAUUAAUGGCAAAAUAUAUAAAAAACGGCAUAAAACCAUCAUAUAACAAGUUACUCUAUUGA